CUACAGGUGAGUUGUUCUAACUUAUAAAAUUAAGUUGACUUUUCUCAACUAUAUUUUAUAAGUUGUGACAACUCAUCUCUGUUGACAUGACUUGUAAAUCUGAGUUGAUUUAACAAAACAUUUUGAAGGCAGCAAAGUAUUUUUUACAAUGCAGUCUUUCAAAUACAUUAAAUGUUUAACAGGGAUUUUUAGCAUGACUUUUUAAGUUGAUCCAACUUUUCAAUUUUACAGUGUACAUGAGCUCUAGGAGACAUUAACACUUUAAUCUAGAAUGAUUUACAGUGCAUCCAAACUACAUCAGCAUGUCCUGAAGAUUAAACUAUAUUGCUAGCACCAAAACUGUAACUCCAUUAUUUACACAAUUAUUACAUUAAAUAUAAUUCAGUCAAAAACUGAAUGGAUAUUUAAACUAAUUGUGAAUUAAUAAAACAGGUUCACUUUUCACUGUGCAUGAGUUUGUAAUCACGAGUCAUUUCUCUCUCUUUUCUUUCUGCAGUGGGCACAACUAUGGGACAUCAAAAUUUGACUGAACUCCAAACAACAAUUAGUCCAAUCAAAAUGCAGGAGAAGAGCUUUUUAAGCAUUGAAAUCUUCAAGAUAUGCAUUUAUUUUGUCACUUUAGUCGUAGGUGUCAUUGGAAAUGGACUCGUCAUCUUUGUGGCCGGCUACAAAAUGAAGACGACAGUCAACUCCAUUUGGUUUCUCAACUUGGCAAUUGCAGACUUCUUUUUCCUUUCAUUAUUGAUUUUGAACAUUGUUGAUACCUUUGACAAGAGUACACUUAACAUCAACACAUUUAUUCUGGCAUGUAUAUUUUUUGAUAUUGCUCUAAAUAUGUUUGCAAGUGUUUUCUUUCUGACAGUUAUCAGUGUGGAUCGAUGUCUGUGCACAUGGUUUAUUGUUUGGGUUCAGAACAAACGAACUUUAGUCAAAGCCAGAAUAAUCAGUGUAUUUGUGUGGAUUUUAUCCAUCUGCUGCAGCAUCCCUUUUGGCAUUAAUGAGUAUGUACUUAACAAUGAAAAUUUCAUCAAUGUCUAUAUGUCUCUGUUCACAUACCUGUUUAUUGUGGGAUUUGUUAUUCCCUUUAUAAUCAUUGCAUCUUCAUACAUAGCAAUUGGUGUGGGGGUAAAACGUCUCAAAACAGGAAAUAACUUCCGGCCUUUUCGGGUCAUCAUAUCUGUGAUUCUGGCUUUCUUCAUAUGCUGGUUUCCUUAUCAUGUUCACAAAUUGUGUUUGAUAAGUGCAUAUACGUAUAAUUGGAGUGACAGUGCUAGAAAGAAACUUUAUGACGCAGGACAUUUUGUAGACUGUCUGGCUUAUCUAAACAGUUGUCUGAACCCCAUUCUCUAUGUGUUCAUGUGUGAUGAGUAUAAGAAGAAACUUAAAAAGUCUCUCCUGCUGGUGUUUGAUGGGGCUUUUACUGAAGAGCAUCUGGGUUUGAGAUCAACUCCACUUCCUCACAACCAGGGGCGUCGGACUGGGGGUAAAACCAGUACUGAUUACCAGGGCCCCAAAGGAAGAGAGGGCCCUUGAAAGUCUGGAAUAUAUUAUGGGGGUGGGGCAUUGGGCCCCAUUAGGACUGCCUAUGCAUAGGGCCCGAGAUCUUGUGCAACGCCCCUGCUCACAACUCUCAAUGUCAGCAGAUAUUAAGGGUACAGACAGAAGACACACACAUCUGAUCAUUUACUGGCAGCAAGAGAACAAAACAAUUUUUUUUAGUCUUUAGAUGAUUGGAGAUAUAAAUUUGUAAUUUGAAGAUUAAGAUUUCUCAAGUGCUCCUCCAUUCUUCUGUGUUUAGACAAACAGAAAGUCUCACUCCAAACUCUUGCCAACAGCUCAAUGUAUCCAUGAAGAGGAAGUGAAGAAUCAAUGUACAAAUUUCUUAAGUUAACUCUCUCGCUGAAUGUUUAUUUUUUGUUUUGUUAUACACAACCAUUAUGUUAUAACGUUACUAGAGUAAAUCUUUCUUUUUUAAACAUCUUUUUUAAGUCAUCAUAGCUGAACAUUUUUUUUAUUUCAAGUUUAGAACAUUUUGUAA